GCUCUGUCGGUCAGUACAUGGCAGUGCAAACUGUGGGCUGGGCGCUCUGCAUUUUAACGGCUUUUCCGCUGACUUACCCUACUCUUCUUCGGAUGAUCAAGUUUGCGCUAUCCUAUGGCGAUGGCCCGUUGCAGCUGUUUGCUGCUUUCCUGUGCU